AACCCUGUUGUGAUGUCCCACUUUGAUCUUGGUUUAACGAUACCUAAGGCAGCGCCCUACAUAAGAGAAGUACUGAUUAUUGUUCAAAGAGCAACGUCAAGUAGUCAAACACCUAGUGAAGACAUAAAAACAAGUAAACUGAGACCGUACCAAUCAGACACUCAAGAUCUUUAUAUCACUGCUUAUUUGAGAGCAGACGUUCUCCCUUUGUCGUUCGUGAUCGGUGAUGGCAAAAAAUACAGCUAUGAAAACGUAACAUACGUUAAUCAACCUCUUCAACCAAACACAAGUUACAACGUGUUCCUGAGAUUCUUUGAAAGCCAGAAUUCCUACUACUCCACAGGGUGGAGCAAAAGUAUAAAGACGAAGGUGACCCCAGGUGAAAAAUUAUGA